AGAGUUUCUGUGGGGACCACAGAGGAGACUAGCACCCCCAUCCAUGAGAGCUCCCCAGCAACCAUGACCAGACUUCAUGUGAAUCAGCUAAACCAGAAAUACAGGUAUAGAAAGAGGUGGAGGAUUUCCAAAGGCAAACACCCUGACAGGACGGUAAAAAAACAAACAAAAAAAACCACAUCUUGAAUGGAAAAAUAACAGGGGAAAGUAGCUGUUUGAGAGAGCCUGGAGUGGUUGAUACUCUUUCCACGUGAAAAUGGAAGAAGCCGAGGUGGACAUUGAUACUCUCAUUGACGAGAUGGAUUACAUUCCAGGUCACUUUCACUUAGAUAUGAACUUGAACUUUGAGUCUUCUUCACCUAUGAAUUUCCAAGGGAGAGACUUGAAGCUGAAACGAGAGAGCCUAACCUAUGAGUUAGAGCUCAAAACUGGCUUGCAGCAGUAUGCCAUCAGAAACCUCCUUGGGGUUUUUUCUUUCUACCUGGAAGAAGUGGAGCAAGCCAAGGAGAUUUUCCUCUGCAUCUCUCAGGAGGACCCUGAGAAUCUGAACACUUGGGCCAACCUCGCCUACGUUUAUGAUAGGCUGAACAAUGAGCAAGAAGAGGCUAUGUGCACUGAAAGACUCUCCCUCUUAAUGGGCUUAGAUUCAGAAGAACACAAGAAGCAAGGGGAUCCCCAGCUCAGAGCAGCCCGUUGCUUGGCUGAGCAGGGCUAUGCUUAUGCCUUCGAUGUUGGACUGGUGACGAAGGAAGAGAAGAUGGAGAAACUGACCGCAGGCCUCACUCUCUACGGCAAGGCUCUUGCUUAUGGGAAGCAGAUCCCUUUGGAGGAGAAACGGAGCUGGUACUUCACUAUGGCCACCCUGCACAUCAGGUUGGAUGCGAUGUGGAUGAACAAGGGCAAUGAUGAGGAAAAAAGGUUGCCAGCCUUCAACAGAACCUUGGUUUUGCUUCAGCAAGUCCUGAAGUGCUCCAGCCUACAUUACAGAGCCUUGGCCUGGUGUUAUCUUGGGAUAUUGUUGGAAAGGAAAGACUCCUUCUCAGCUACCCCUAUGGCUAUUCAUGACUGUGGGUACUCUGGGACAGAUCCCCUCUACUGUUUUGGAAAAGCAAUAGCGAUAGCUAAAGAAAACCCACUUGUUCUGAACCGGCUAGCAAAAAUCUUCCACUUCCUUGGCAAGCAAGAGAUGGCAAUGGCAGUCUGCAACAUGGCCUUAGAUGUGCUGCCAGAUCCAGUACUUAACUGGCAGGCAUAUUGCAUGCGCGCCAAGAUGCUGCUUAAACUAUAUUUGCGUGAUUUGGAUCGUGUGAAGAUGGGCCUGGGAGGGAUGCCAGACCAGAGAAACCUCUCUGAUGCCAAAGCUGAUCUCGAGAACGUCAUGAAGGUGCAUCCAUGUCUGAAGACUUACCUUGAUCUAGGCCAGGUAUGUUACUACAUGGGAGUAGAUGCCAUGCAGGAACUUUUACUUGUAGAUGAAAAUGCCGUGAACAAUGCCCUCGUGUUCUUUGCCAAAGCCAUGGAAUUAGACCUGGGGAAUGUUUUGCCUGAAAUCCAGCUGCUGAGGGGGAAAUGCCUUCGGAUAAAAAAUGAAGACCUGAACGCCAUGGAAUGCUUCAAGCAGGCAAUAGAGCUGGAUGGUGUGGGUUCUGUUUACACAGAGAGCUUCCGUUGCUUAAUGGAAAUGCUGCUUGCCUUGUUCAGUCAGAAGAGGAUAAAUAAAGAGAUGCUGAUGAAGGAAGUAGAGUUGUGGGUGAAGAAGGCUGAGGAGAAAUAUCCCAAACAGCGAGUGCAGCAGGAGCUUAGGCUGGUGUGUCGUCACUACACAGCUGAGGUGCUUGAGCUCUCCAAAGCCAUGGUGGCCAGAGGGAAGACUGAGCUGGUGAAAUUGCUCUUUGAGACCAUGAAGUGUGACUUUAACAAAGGAAUGUUUCAAGUGAUCUAAUGUGGCAUUAUAAUAAAAGAAGAACAACACAUGCUACACAGUGAAUAUCAACCAAGAGAGAAAAGCACUGGGUGAUGUUG